GACUGGUCUUGGACAAUAUAAAUGGCAACAUUUAUUGUUCGACGUCUUCCCGAAGCAGUAGCAACUUUGCGGUGUCCCACUCAAGGCGUGUUGUGGUGUGACAGAAGAGCUUGCUGUGCACCGGGACUAGGCCGGAGAUGGGGGAUCCGGAGCCUCCAGAGUUUGGGUCCCUGGAGGAAGAGCUGGAGUACUGGAAGGAACAGGCUGCCAGGCACCAACAGAGUGCGGAGGAAGCCCAGGAGGAGCUGCAGGAGUUUCAGCAGAUGAGUCGGGACUACGAGGUGGAGCUGGAGACUGAGCUGAAACAGUGUGAGGCGCGAAACCGUGAGCUUCUUUCUGCCAAUAACCGCCUGCGUAUGGAACUGGAAAACUACAAGGAUAAAUAUGAGACUCAGCACUCUGAGGCCUGCCGGCAAAUCUCCCACCUGGAGGGAGACCUGGCUGAAACCACUGCCAUCAGAGACCAGCUUCAUAAAUAUAUCAGAGAGCUGGAACAGGCCAAUGAUGACCUGGAGAGGGCCAAGAGGGCAACUAUCAUGUCGCUGGAGGAUUUUGAGCAGAGAAUGAACCAGGUUAUAGAGAGGAACGCCUUCCUUGAAAGCGAGCUGGAUGAGAAGGAGAAUCUUUUAGAGUCCGUCCAGAGACUGAAAGAUGAAGCCAGAGACCUGAGGCAGGAGCUUGCGGUGCAGCAAAAGCAGCAGGUACAGGACAGGAAGCCGUCCAUCAGCAGUGCAGUCAAAGAGCCGGCGUCGUCAUCGGCCACCGGGUUGCCCACUCCUCCUCUCACCCCCUCAGACAAAAGAACAGAGGACAAAACCACAUCUUCCUCCCCUAACCAGCCCCUUCCUUCCACACCGUCCCGACCCCAAGCCUCCACAGAGCCCUUCACAACCCCACUGCCCUCCAUCAGCAGAGGUGAAAGCCUUUCUGCGACUCCUCUCACCACAUCAGCGAGAAUAUCGGCUUUGAACAUUGUUGGAGAGCUCCUGAGGAAAGUUGGGAACCUGGAGUCCAAGCUGGCAUCAUGUCGGGAAUAUGUCAACGAGCAGACAGGUAAUCGUAGAGCUGGUGGACAGGGAGCAGCAGUGGGCCAGAACAAUUCAGAGAGCCAUCCUUCCAAUGGCCUCUACAACAAAGGGCUGGUGAAGAGGUUAGAUUUUGGAACGGGAUCCAAGCUGCUGCUUUGAAAGUGAAAACAUCCUUAAUCCUCCUGAGCCGCUCGGCCCUUCCUCUCUGUCACACCGGGAUGUCCCAAAUAUAACGGUACUGUGUGUUACGUCACAAAGGUCAUCAGCCUCAGUGCCUCUUUAGGACACAGGACAUGGAAAACUCAUAAGAAGCUGCAGUGAUGAAAUGGGUGGAUACGCUACUAUGGAUACUUUGGGAUGUCUGCUACUAGCUCAGACAUGCAGAUUUUUGUUUAUUACCAGGAGUUCUUUUCUGCACUCGCACUUGGAUUUAACUAAUUUACUGAACUCAUGCCGCAUGUAACCACCUCACCUCCUUUUGCUUGGACGUAUUUUGCGCAUUUUUUUCCCCACUGUCCCUCUCAAGGUGUUUUCAGCCUGAACAUGAAGUAAAUUUUAGAGCAAGUUUUAGAGAUUUCAUAUGGAAUUCAUUAAAACUGAUGCAGGUUUUCUUUAGGUAGCGAGAAUUGAGGUGAAGAUGUGCAGAAAGAAGGUGGAAGUGUUUGGGGAAAAGGCUGUAACACUUAAAUGCAGGACAUUAUUUUGCACAGUGUACAGAAAAAGAUGGAAUUUCCAGAAGGAAAGUUAGCAUUAAUGUACAGAGACAAAAGGAGCAAAGCUGAACCCAUGCACACCUUUCCAGAAGUCCAACACUAGCAUUAUACCAGCAUUAGUUCUCCCUAAUGCACAUGUGCACAGUUUUUGGAGAACUUUAGAUUCUCAGUGUCUUCCUGCUCUUUAUGUAAUCCCAGACUGAUUCCAUGGUGAUGAAAUCAGGACUCUGUGGGGUUCAGAUCAUUUGUUGCAGGACUCCUUGUUCUUCUUGUGAAGGUAGUUCUUUAUAACUGUCUGGAUGUUGGGUGGUGCUGUUGUGAUCUGGAAGCGGUAAUCUAACCUGCUGAGUUUUAGCAAAGUGAAAAUUUGCUUUAUGAUUGUCCUAACACACCUUGAGUGUGCCUGAUGGCUAAACACUGGAUUGGCAAUUUUAUCUACACAAAAAGAAUUGUUAAUUGUUUAAUCUUGUCUUAAUAUCCUGAACACCUGACAGUCAGCAGGCUUCUACAGUUGCAAUUGUUAAAAAAAGGAUCACAAUGUGUCGCCGAAGAAAUCCCACGAAGUGCCACUGAUAUUAGACAGAAUAAAAAUUGAAGUAGAUUUCUCUGGUUGGCACAUGCUGUAGCCCAGACAAAGUGAAUCUUUUAGAUCUUUACAGAUCAACUAGUUUCCUUACCAUAAUCUGCAAAGAACAUGACAUUUCAAAUCUGUGCUGCCACCCAUACAUUACUGAGGUAUAGAAUUUGAAAUUACUGCUUGCAAAGAAGGAGUAGUGAGAGUGGAGCUGACCUUGCAUAAGCAAACAUGCUGUGCUUCUGCGUGAGUCUCAAGAUUUUAACGAAAUGUGUUUUUUAUUACCAUGUCAGCUGUUAUAAAAAGUUAGUUAUUCAAAGUAUAUUGUUCAGUGGGGAAAAUACUUUGCAUUUCACAUGAGAAACUUUGGAAGGAUCAUACAGCACAUCGUGGCCAUGAGGGGUUGUGCAUCUUAUAGCUGCCUUACUUAAUGUUUUUUGUUAACAAUGAGUUAAAUGAUAUGUAUGGCUUGUUGCAGGGAAAAGGUAUCUCACCAUCUCUGCAGUUUUAUGUAGCUUUCUGUUUAGCCUCUAGUUUUGUUUGUAAGGCUCUUCAAAUGAAUGGUUCACUCUCACCGCUCUGUCAGUUGUUUGUAAAAAUUUAUAUUUUCAGUGUUUUCAAGAUGAAUGAUUGCUUUCUCUCCAUGUAAGGAAGGGUAUGUUAUUGCUUCUCUGUACAGAUACUAAAGCUCCUGGCUCAAAAUUAUUAAGCUGAGAAAGUAAAAUUAUUGGUAUCUAAAUCGAGUAACAUAAUGUGAAUCCUGAAAUUGUUCAGAUCAAUUGUUUUACUAGAGAAGACUUAAGUGGGCUAAUCUUCUUUGUCAGUACUGACAGAUUGCAGGAACCCAUUUUGAUUUACACUUAGCAUUGCCUGCGCUGGACUGAUUAUCUAAAAGAGUCUAAAUUGAUUUAGCUGUAGAAAAGAGUAAUGCUGAGGCACUUUCAUACAUUAGUGCUACAUCCUGUGUUGUUUUUUUUUUUGCGUCCAGAGGCACUUGAUAGCUCCCCUCGAAUAUCAAAAAAAAAAAAUAUUUGUGUGCCGUUGUUAGGCUGUAAUGGCCUGAUUAUUGUUAAAUUUACUGUGGUUAUUCAUGGUCCCCAGAGGAUGAUUGCUCACAUGAAUGCUCACUCUUCCUUUGACACUAGAAAUAUUGCAGUUUUAAAGGUGUAUUUCCAUUAAACGUAGUGAUCACAUUGACGUCCCCCAGAGAAUGAAUCUUGAGGAUUUUAAUGACCUCAGAUUUAGCACCACCUUGAGGACAUUUGGUGUCAAAUACUGAUAAGGCUGUAAGAUUAAUAGAACUGUCCAUAUGUUGUUCAGUGUGUCCAAUAAUUUGAUAAUAUGGCAUGAAAUUAACAUUGUAGAUGUAGGACACUGAUGGUGGAGAUUUGUUCCAUUGUUGUGUGGCAGACAAGUAGAGGAGGCACCUUUUUUUUUUAGACUGUGGAGAAGUUGUUUAAAAUAAGUAAAUCCCUCUGCAGAGCUCUACUUCUGUCUUUCCAGGAGUGAAAUUGGAAAUGUCUUCUGUUAAUGAGGAGAUGCAAAUACUUCAGUGAAGGCUAUUUGUGUUUUAUGUUAAAAAGUAAUAGGUUGACUUGUAGUGUUAUCUACUGUACUUCUACUGUAGGGUCGCUAACAUAGGUUGAAUAUAUGUAGGCUGUGGUUCAGUUGCUUGUGUCUGUAGGCAGCAUCGACUUUCAAGUAGAUGCUCAGGGCGAAUGUAAAGCAAAAGCAGAAGACUGGGCCUUUCCUAUGAAGAUAAAUGUGUGAAAAUAGAGGUGGAAAAAGGCUUAGUGGGGUUUUCUUUUGCCUUAUGUGACUGUUUAAAAAAAGAAAGAAAAACUACUUGCAUGCUCACAAAUGAAGUGCUCAAGAUUUGUUCUGUCUUAUGUUGUUUUUACCGUCAGUGCUGCUUAUGAUGCUUCUGAAAACAAUUAAACUGGAAAUGUAAAAAUAAA